AUGGAUGCGAUCAAAAGGUUGAGAAAAGAUUUGUUUACGAAUAGGGGUUACGAUCCGAUGAUAAUACCCGUCAAGAACUGGAGCCAUACUCUUAACGUUGCCGUGACUUUCAAUUUGGAUGAUCAACACCUAACGUGGAAACCGGAAGAUUAUGGCGGAAUCGGUGCCAUUCGUGUCAAACCCGAAGAAGUGUUUAAACCCGAUAUCAUGUUAUAUAACGCGGCG